CUUCACCACCCCCUUUCCGUUUUAUCACUCUCUGUUCUUUUUUAUUACGGUAUAUUUUGCAUUAAAUUUAUAUCGUGACUCGGGUUAUGUCCCCAUAGUCCACUAUCCUGUCGUUCUCUCAAACCAGCGCCUUAGUAUACCUGAAAAAUCAUAUGCGCCCCAUCGUAUCAGGAACAAAACUAUAUCCACACCACCACGAACCCUCUAUAUAAACUACACCACACUCACCAAUUACCCAAACUCCAAACCCCACUAUCGAUCCCCAUACCGCAAAAAAAGAAAACUAAAGAAUAAUGGACGCACAAGCCUACCUAAUCCGUCACGGCUGGUCGGGCCCAGGCAACCCACUCAACCCCAACCGCCGACCAGGCACACACUCCGGCCUCGGUCUCACGAAACCGAUCCUCGUCUCCCGACGCAAAGGCAACCUCGGCGUUGGCCAGACGACAACUAAAGACCCGACGAACCAGUGGUGGUUGCGCGGAUUCGAGGAUGCGCUGAAGGGUGUUGGGGAUGAGAAUAAUGCUGGGGCCGAGAAGAAGCCGAAUGCGUUGACUAGUGAGCUUUAUCGAUAUUUUGUGAGGGGGGAGGUUGUUCCGGGGACGCUUGGGUCGAAGGAGGAAGAGAAGAAGAAGAAGGAGCAGGGCUCCGAGUCUAAGGCUAAGGUUGAAUCCAAAAAGAGGAAGAAGGAUGAUGUGGAUGGAGAGGAGGACCGGGAGGCUAAGAAAUUGAGGAAGGAGGAGCGUAAGAGGAAGAAGAUGAGCCGGGUUGAGGAGGGGGAGGAUUCUGCUGUGUCGCGCAGUGAUCGGUAUUCUAAGGAUCGCAAAGAAAGCAAGGAGGAGAGGCGCCAACGGAAGGAAGAGAAGAGAAGGAAGAAGGAAGCGAAGGAAUUGAAGAAGAAGCUGAAGAAGGCUAAAGAAGCAGAGGACGGUACUACUGAUGAGAAUGAAAAGGCUACACGCAAGAGCAAGAAGGCGAAGGAAGGACAUAACCCAGAAGAGGACUACCCUACCCCGAUGUCGAUCGAGAACGAUCAGACAGAGUCUAGUGGACGUGAGGAGCCCUCUGACUCGAUAGAGAAAUCGAAGAAGAAGAAAGAGAAAAAGGAAAAGAAGGAGAAAGAGAAGGAUAAGGAAAGCGAAAAGAAGAAGAAGAGCGAAGAAUCAACACCCGAAGACGGCUCGAACUCAAAAUCGAAGAAGUCCAAGGAUGUCAAAAAGUCGAGCAAGGAGUGAGCUGAUUGAAGGUAGAUUUGCUUUUUUUUUAGGAUAUCAUUUUUUUGCCUACGGCCGUACAUAGAUAGAUACCCAUUUGCUACAGCUACUGCGGUCUUUAUGAAGAUUAUAUUAUAUAUCGU